GAGAGCAACAGUCCAAGUUGCUGGGGAUCUUGACAAGGAGUUUCAAACAAGACGGAAUAGAACAAGGAUGCUCGAGCUGCGAGUGCAACCGCUGAAGCGCUAGGGCUAUUGUGGUCGCGGUGUUCAUCACUGAGGAAUGCGGAUCACCGUGUUUAAGGCGGAGAACACGACACAUAAGGGCCUUGUAGCUGCCGUCGGGUGGAAUGUGACGAAUGACCUCUACUCUUGCGGUGAUGACUACGCUAUAUGGUGCUGGAACAGGGAUGGGAAGCCCAUUCUUAAGCUUGAGAACAUAGACUCCAUAUCCACGGAUUUGCAAUGCUACCCUUUGACCUCGCACUGGAACCGGACUGGAUCAGGGAGCGACAUUUUUGUUGUUUCCUGCAUUGACGGGUCGCUUCAUAUUUCUAAUAGGACUGGGAAAGAAGAAAAAAGGGUCCAAGCUCAUGCAGGGAGCAUUCUGUGUGUUCGAUGGAGUACUGACGGAUCGGCCUUAGCAACUGGUGGGGAGGACGGGAUUGUAAAAAUAUGGUCUUGCAGUGGAAUGCUCCGAUCUACUUUGGCACAAAGCCCUUGUCCAAUCUACGCCCUUGCAUGGAGUCCAAGCUCGGAUCAGGUGUUGUUUGCUUGCCAGGGACGGUUGAUUAUCAAAUCCCUCCAGUCCUCAAUCAAGGAGUCGCACUGGGAUGGUCAUAACGGACUGAUUCUAGCGGUUGAUUGGAAUUAUGCUUCGAACCUUCUUACAUCUGGCGGAGAAGAUGGUGUCUAUAAGGUUUGGGACUACCAUGGGAGAAUGAUCUAUCAGAGUAGCAAAAUUGACGAUAGCAUAACUUCGGUUGCCUGGUGUCCAUCUGGGGAGUUCUUUGCCGUCGGCUCAUUCAACACGUUGUGGCUUUGCGACAAGACGGGGUGGGUUCUCUGGAAGGAAAAGCUUUCAGCUGGGUCCUUUCUAAGAAUUUCAUGGAGUAACGACGGUGCGCAACUGGCUGGUGCCGGUGCGAAUGGCUUUGUAGUAUUCGGUCAGAUCGUGGACAGAAAACUAGAGUGGCUAAAAUUGUCUGCGACGCUACGCGGUUGUGGACAUUUGAGAGUCUAUGACAUGGUGACUAAUAAUACGACUGACUUGGAGUUCUGUGACCGGGUUGUUCAAUUUCGUCUGGAGUUUCGCCACUUGAUCGUUGCGACUACUAACCAGUGCUACAUCUACUCGGUUUCAAAUUUAAACGCUCCACACGUAAUUGAUGUCAAGUAUGCCAUCAUUCUUAUAAGAUUAUGCCAAAGGUACUUCAUGAUCAUCGACAGUUUUGUGGGCUUGCAAUUGUUCACCUAUGAUGGUCGGCAUCUUUCAAGCCCAAAAUGUCAAGGACUGCGACCAGAGUUUUUGCUCGAGCGCAAUGUUGCUAUUUCAACAGACACUGUGGCGUUUAUAGAUACAUCCGACCAUAAAUUAAUUCGGUUUUUGGAUGCGUCGACGGGAAAGCUUGCUGGUGAACCAUUUCGACAUACUGUUGAAAUAAAAGAAAUCGCCCUCAAUCAAGUGGGAACUGUCAGGAGAAUUGCGUUUAUUGACCGCAACCAAGACCUCUUUAUAACUCCCGUAUAUCACAAGCACGAGGUAUUUAAACUGGCGACUAUUGUUGACAACGUGAGAUGGAAUGACGAGGCCGACAUAAUCGCUGCUAUCGCGUACCAGAAACUGAUUGUAUGGUAUUGUCCAUCGGCUGCUUUUGUUGAUCGAGACCUUCUUCAUCGAGUAAAAGUAAUAAAAGAGUGUGAUCUCGGCAAGAAUCCUAAAAUUCGAAGCUUUGUUACUUCUAGUUGCAUCUUACGACGAACAGAUGGAGCCAUAGUUUCUUCGUACAUAUGCCCGUAUCCGUUCGUGUUGUUCCAGCAUGUGAACUCCAGACAGUGGGAGUAUGCGGCCCAGCUCUGUAGAUUCGUAAAGGAGGAUUUACUUUGGGCUUGCUUGGCAACGAUGGCAGUCGAUGCCCAGGAGCUGAACAUUGCGGAAGAGGCUUAUGCAGCUCUGGACGAGGUGGAUAAGGUGCAGUUUAUGCUUUAUCUGAAGGAUCUUCCCGUAGAAGAAGCACGACAGGCAGAACUUGCAUUAUUUAAAAGGCACCCGGACAAAGCCGAGUCGAUUUUACUGCAAGCUGGGCUCACUUAUCGGGCAAUCCACAUGAACUUGAAGCUCUUCAACUGGGACAGAGCGCUAGAACUGGCUGUUUUGCACAAGGUCCACAUUGACACGGUGAUGUGGUACAGGCAGCAUUACUUGAUGCGGAUCAAAGCUAUUGAGACCAAGGAGCAGUUUUUGCACUUCAAGGAUCAGGUGAAGAUUGAUCCCCAGAAAAUCAACGCAAAGAUUCACCAGGAAAUGCUUCAGGAAGGUAGUAGACAAGGUGCCAGGAAAUAAUGUUUCUUUUUAACUUCAACUUUGCAACUUUGGUGCA